AUGAGCUACUUCCGCAUCACUCUCAUGCGGUCCGCCAUCGGUCUGCCGCGCCGUUCAACAGAUGUGCUUAAGGCCCUUGGUCUCAAGAAGCGUAUGGCCACAGUCUUCCACGCCGUUUCACCAUCCGUUGCCGGUCAGAUCAUGAGAGUUAAGGAGCUGGUCCAGGUCGAGGAAUGCGAGAGUCGCCUCACAAAGCAACAAGUGCACCUGGAGCGGAAACCUGACCCCGGAUACUAUGUGGAGAAGACCGUGGGUCGGCAACAAAAGGAAACGCGCCAGCCAUAA